AUGAUUCCAGCAAAUAAUAGCUUAGUUAAAUAUUCAACUCCAGUUUUGGUUUCUGUUGCAGGAAAAAAAAAAGAUAUUAAAAAGAAGCCUUCUUAAACUGGGCCUUCUGGAGCUAAUGCAAAUUAGUCUUAGAUGAUUAACUAGACUUAAAUGUAAGAAAAGAAGGAAACACACAGAACAGAAGAUAUAUUAUCAUAGAUUUUACCUCCAAAAGAAUAUACAUUAGAAAAUGGAUAAUUAUGGAUACAAACAGUUCUUUCAACACCUGCGACAAGAACUGAAGUUAUUUAACUUUAAGAAGAUCUUGAUCGCAAAUUAUAAUAAAGAUAAGCUAGAGAAACAGGUAUAUGCCCAAUUAGAGAAGAACUUUACGAAUAAUGCUUUGAUGAAUUAAUUAGAUAAAUUACUAUAGAUUGCAGAUAAAGAGGUUUAUUGCUUGUUAGAGUAAGGGAUGAAUUCAAAAAUUAAUUAGAAGCUUAUAAAACUUUGUACGAAUCCUCAAUCGCUUAUGGCAUGAGAAAAAUGAUUGAUUCUGAAUAAAAAAAAACUGAUAUGAGAACUCAAAUAAUGUAAUUAGAAAGGGAGUGUGAAGAACUUAGCAAAGCUGUGGAUGAGCUUGAAGAAAAGAUAUCUUUUACCAAAAAGAAUGAAAAUGAAAAAUUAAACAAUGAAAAUGAAAUACAUAGAGUUGAAACAGAAAAAAUCAAAUAAAAUAACACAAAGCUAAAAGAAGAAUUACAAGCUUUAUUGGAAGGAAAGAAGUGA